CCAUUAGUGUGGUACAGAACCCCCCUGCAUCGCGGGGGCCAGGCCUCUCUAUGUGCACCGUGUGUUUGAAAAGUUGGGGAUUGGGGAAGGAUCAAUCGUUGUCUUAUUUAAUACGGAUUGAGACGCUCUAAGCUCCUCUGUAACAGGCUUAAGGCUUGUUUUAUCUGGGGUUUGCUGACUCGCUUUUGCUCGCAUUCAUCGGCAACCCUGAGCUUUCGGGAUUUCUAACUCGGCUGUGCCCAUCAUCAGCUUAGGAGAUAAGAAACCCUGUGGGUCCAUCUCAUGUGGCCAAACAGCCUUGCCAGCGGGCCUUAUUCCAGGUGCAACCCAGAGGCAGACUUGGCUUUCCCAACGUUCAGCAGCGCGUGCGGGGGGACCACGAGCGCCACCUCAGGGAUGGCCAGCUACCUCAAGUCGUCAGGGUACGCCGUCAACGGCCUGGCCAGCCUCAACAUGACCUCGAUGCACCACGACCCUUUGCACGCCUCCAUGGGCUACCCUGGCGCAGAAGUGUGGGGCCCUGGCAACCCCCGAAAGCAGAGGAGGGAGCGCACGACCUUCACCAGGGCGCAACUCGACGUGCUGGAAGCCCUGUUCGCCAAAACUCGAUACCCUGACAUCUUCAUGAGAGAAGAGGUCGCUCUGAAAAUCAGCCUUCCUGAAUCUAGGGUGCAGGUGUGGUUCAAAAACCGACGGGCCAAAUGCCGGCAACAGCAGAAGCAACACCAGCAGCAGCACACGAGCAAUUCGGAAAAGUCGAGCUCGCGCUCGUCGAAGAGCAAGUCGAGCACCACGAAAUCGGCGAGCGCCCUGCCGCCCAACUCGACCCAAAUCGCCGCGACCUCCACCUCGAACGCGACCAUCGGCGCCUCGACGCCGCCGCCACCGAUCGUCUCGAGAGACUCGCCGUACCUGAAGCCGCCGCCGAUGACGCCGCCCUCGGGCAACUCGGGACCUGUGUCGGGUGCCCUGCUCGCCACCGGAGGCUCCAGUUCCUCUUCUUCGUCGGCCUCUUACGCUAGUGGAGCGGCCAUCUGGAGUCCAGCGGCCGCUGAAUUGGGAUAUGGAGUGCUCUCAGGCCAGGGAGGCGCAAGCACCCCAAGCGGCAGCACCACGCCAGGGACGGUGGGCAGUGGGGCAGCAGUGGUGGCCGCUGCAGCAGCGGCGGCCGCGGCCGCCAACUGUUACUCAACGCACCAAAAUUACGGAGGGUACUACAGCAACAUGGAGUACCUGGGACCCGCGGUGGGCCACCACGCUUCUCAGAUCAAUGCGGACUCCACGGCCAGUUUAGAAAGUACAUGGGUUAAAAGCAGAGAUGCCGACGCAUCGUGGUUUUACAAUUCGGCAGGCUGGGAUCACCGGAAAUGAGAAAAGUUUUAUCCCAACAAGAGCAACCCGUUGCCAAAGUCAGCGUCUUCGCCGCAUCAGAUCGCGUCGCCGCCUCCAGCUUUGCAUAUUUGAUUGAGAAGAAGCAGCAAAAGGUCUCAGCGAAAACGUACUGAUAAGACUUCAACCUUCUCUAGCAAAUUUGUAAAUACAUAAUUUAACUGUAAACAGGCGAACCGGUUUACAAACAAAAUGCCACACAUAUCGCCAAAACUUAUUUAAGUUGACUACUUUUCAAUGUUUAUAAUUUUUAAAAGCAUUGCCAGAGUUUAUGUAAAGAAUUCUUUUGUUUUUUUUCUGUUGAAUAUUUUUGUAGCACACCGCCAUUUAGACACAAGUACAAAACGGAACAUCACAUUCAAAUCUUGUUAGAUUUCUUUUUAGUUUCAAGUGAUGUAUUUUUAAUUAAAGCCUUUAGCUGCCAAUAUGUUUUACACACACACUGCAUAUAGUGGGCUGAGUUGAAAAUUUCUUGAUGUGCCAUUUUAAUUAUUAUAACUUAAGUACAAGCACUGAUCGUCAGAAUCUCACUCCUUUUGGUCAAUUCCAAAAUUUUGUUUUGGCUUUUCAGCGUGUUGUGUCAAAUUUUUGCAUUUUGGACAAAGUGUACAAAAAUGACGUCUUGAUAAUUAUACUCUCAACACAAACUUUAAGAGUUCAAUUUUCUUCAUUUCCUUUAGGCAAUUUAUUUUUUAUCAGUUAUGCGCUUACAUUCUUUUCUCAAUAAUAUGAAGCUAUAGUGAUUUUAAUAAUUAUUCUCUCAACCUUCAUGAGUUACCUUGAGCAAUUUGAUCGACAUCUCCUCAAAACUCAUUUCGCUCCAAAAUCGGAGAUGCAUGUACAACUUUAUAAUAUCAUAAAUAGUGGCUAAAAACCGACGAUUUGUAAAUAAAACCUUCAAUAUAAACAAACGUAAAAAGACCUAUCUCUAUUUAUCAAUGUUGACUUGGAACCAUAGUGUGCGUUUGUGCUUAAAAGAGUGUAUGUCACCGAGAAGUAGUCAUAGAUGUUACACAAGAUAAAUCUCUGUCUAUUGUUUCUGCUACAGUUUUUCCUAUAUUCCAAAAUUUGUGAAUAAAAAUAACUCAGAAUUUGUAUGCCAAAGAUAACAACGACAAUGUGAAGAAAAAAUUUUUAAAUAAAAGAUGUAGAAUACUCAA